UACAUAUAAACCUGAUAUAAACAUAACCACCACCUCCGCUAACCCUCCCUCCCUGCAGAUUUGUCGUAGCCACUGCAGUAAAACCGUCAUCGGCAAAAAGACAGGACGAACAAAUCAAACGCGACUCCGAAGACUAAAACUCGCCACAUCUAUCUGCCUGAAAAAAACUGAUCCCAGCAUUUGAUUUUUGCUUCCUAGCUACGGCCUUACCCGUUCACAUCCUCAGAGAAGCGUUUGGAUAACCAACCGGAAAAAUGGGAAAUGAAGCGAGUUAUCCCCUGGAAAUGUGCUCACAUUUUGAUGCUGAUGAGAUUAAGAGGCUAGGGAAGAGAUUUAAGAAACUCGACCUAGAUAAUUCCGGCUCCUUGAGCGUUGAAGAAUUCAUGUCUUUGCCCGAAUUGCAACAGAACCCCCUGGUACAGCGAGUCAUCGAUAUAUUCGACACGGACGGCAAUGGGGAAGUUGACUUCAAAGAGUUUAUUGAGGGCGUCUCACAGUUCAGCGUCAAAGGUGACAAGGAACAGAAGCUGCGAUUUGCCUUCCGGAUUUAUGACAUGGACAAAGACGGCUACAUUUCCAACGGGGAGCUGUUCCAGGUCCUGAAAAUGAUGGUGGGAAACAACCUGAAGGACACUCAGCUCCAGCAGAUAGUCGACAAAACCAUCAUCAACGCAGACAAGGAUGGCGAUGGGAGAAUAUCCUUCGAAGAAUUCUGCGCAGUCGUAGGCGGCCUAGAUAUACACAAAAAGAUGGUGGUGGACGUGUGAGCGGUCCCAAGCAGCUCGCAAACACUCGCUUUCUUCUCCAUCUCUGAAGACCUGCUCAAGACGUCCAGCAAAUGCUCUGUGUAUUUCAAUGGAAGUAUUCUCUCUGUGAAGCCACUUUUCUUUCCAACAUGAGCCUCGUUAAGCCAACCUAAGUGUUAUUGAACUUUGGUCCUUUCAAUGACUCGGUGUAGCACUUUAAGAAGCCUGAAGGACAGCUUUUCUUCAUGAAAGAGCAUCUCAGUUUGGUGGAGCAAAGGAGGAGGGUUGGCUUGUCUUUUUUUCCCUCGUUUUUUUUAUUUUUUAUCCUGUCUUUUUUUUUUUUUUAAGGAAGUAUGUCUACAGCUUCCAAAAGGGGAAAUGUGUAGUUAGCUGAAGUGCAUCUUAAGAUACUUGAUUAACUGCAACACAAAAGUAGAUUACGAAGUGCCAAGCAGAACAUAAUGAUAAACCAGUUGAACACAUGCUCAUCCUACACCACCUUUUUAAGUUUGAGAGAACUGGUUAGAAGUAUAUGAAGCUUUGUGCGAUUGAAAAGAUGCAAUUUAGUAUGAGUGUAUGACAGGUUUUUUUUUUAAUUUUUUUUUUUACACAUUGUAAUAUGAAACUGGUUUGAAUUGAGCAUUUUAGCUUUCAAUCACGCAUUACAGCUAGAUACGGUUGGAUUUUUUUGUAACAAGGAGAUUGUUUUAUUUAUACGUGUUUAUAUUUUUGGAGAGUUAAUCUCUUUAUUUGUCUGGCUUUCUCAAAUACAGUAGAGUAUAAAUAGAUGCCAAGAAAGUGACAUGUUUUUGCAUACAAACUUUGGUUUACUUUAAAGGCAGGUCUUUGUAUUGCCCAGGUCUAUCUGUGAAUAGUUUGUAUCCGUCAAACUGUUCCCAACAAAACACAUUUCACUAAUCAUUAAAUACUUCUAUUAAAAUAAGUUGGAACAUUUAAAUGCAUUUUGUAUGUUAUUACCUUUAAAACAGCAGUUCAUGCAAAUGUGACUGACUAUGCUGAUUCAAGAUAAAAAUUCAUAACGGUUAUGACUUAUGUGACAAUAGGGGAGACGUGGAUCUUUGUAGUGUGUUAAUUUACAAACUACUGCAGGCAGCAUUUUUUGUUUUUUAAAACAAUGUAUGUAUAUUAGGCGAAGGAGGGAUGCAUUUUGACCUUUAACAAUUUUAAAUAAGGAAAGAUUUUCUUAAGCUAAAUGUACACCUUCCUAGUUACUACUGUACUGUGCCCUGUCUUUGAAAUUUCUUUUUUUAACUUUAAUGAAAAACUGAGUUGCUCUUAAAAUGCCAUUGAUAUUUCAGCAUGGUAAUGUUCAAAAUGGAAUACUUUUGAGUUUGAGCAUGUGCUCCCUGAGAUUGGACUUUUAUUUACCCUUUAUAUCUACGGUAGUGUAUUCCUGUUUUCUGUGUUUUUAGACAUGGUGAAAUUUGAAGAGAAAGAAAAUGGGGACAAUGCAUUUUCUGAAAAACUGAAACGGUUUUGGUUUUGAAAUUUGGUCUCUUUCGCGGUUCAGUUUUUUUGCUGGACUGCUUGCUGGCCUAGGCGGGCAUCUGUGGUGGGGAAGCUAGGCCGCGAGCGUCUUCCUGUCCUGGGCGUUCUUCGAGAGAGUGCUGCAUGUCCAUGGCUCUGUAUGUUCCUAGGGCCCUGGGACUCGAUAUGCUUGCAUGACACGGAGUUUAACUUUUUUGCAUGUACAUCCAUUUUUUAAAAGAUAUUCCUCUUGUUUACAUAUAAAUUGUAAUGUUAAUAUAUUAUAAAGAAUCAUGGUAUGAUAUGGAUGUUGCCAAACUUUGGUAAAUGUUAAGAUCAUUGAUAAUUAUUAAACUCCACUACAUGUUAAAGGAAAAAAAAAAAAUUUCUGGCUCAAUGCAUCGCUUGAAUUUUGGCAGUUUCAUAUCUGUUCCAGUGUUGACUGCCACAUGCUCUGCUUCAAGGGGAAACCAUUUGUGUUUAUUUCUUUUUUUUAAUAGAAGUAGUUAAAUAGUUCUGUAGUUAGUGCGUUGACUAGGCCGUAGUUCUUUAGUGCAACCGUUCCGUCUGAAGGACUGGGUUUUAGUUUUUGUGAGGAAUGGUUGAAAAUUGAGGUUUGUUAGAUUUUUCUUUACUUUUUCUGCAUGCUGCAUCAUGUGCUGUGGGAACUAUUGGAACAGUCAUACUGUAUGACAAUGAGAAUAUAAAUAAACCAUUUGAUUUGAAACUUA